UGACGACCAGACGGUUCACGUUCCAGAACAAGGCUAUCAUUACAAAUUAGAUUCUUUAUCAAUAUCUGUAACUUCUACCAAAUCAUUCACGACAGUCGACUUAAAAGAUGUGUAUCUGAAGAUUCAAAAAGACUAUAUUUGGCUUUGUUAGGAUGGCUACGGCGGUGAAUACUUCCUUACCCCGGCCGCCAUUCGGCACAUUUCGUCUCCAUCUCUCUGAAGACCCUAUCGCCUUGGAACAACGAUUUAGACGCCAACAGGCAUCCGGAAAAUUUCCAGCAACGUUCUCCACUUACGAUGUAGCUUCAUUUCAAGAGAAAGACGAAGCAUUUUUUCGUAAAUUCGCGGAGAAGGGCGAGCGUCGCGCCGACGCACCGAGGCGAAGCGAUACUCCAGUUGUCGAUCCAACAAGUGGUUUCACUUCAGUCGGUGCCGACGCGGAAGAUGGAAAUUAUCAGCAAAUAGAUCCUCUUGUGAACAAAGAUCAUAGGCCACAGUCCGCCAUGCCUUACGGACGACCGAUUGUCUCCCCUAUUCCGGACUUGAGGUCGCAGAACGCUCCAUGGGAGGCGAAAAGCAUGGGUACGCAAGUUUAUUGUGCGCGUUCAAGUACUUCAAACAAUUGUUCUAAUAAUGUUCACGACUUUGUCACUCUUCGAAGACGAGAUAAUACUCUCUAGUUUGAGAAGAAAUCAUUUUCAAAAUGCAUGAAUAACACUGCAUAGUCUCUUUAUGAUUUAUGUAAUUUCAUUGACGCCAAGUACUAAGUAAAGAUUGGAGAACAUAAUUUACCAACUUUUAGCAUAUAACGUUACUAGUACGUGACAGACUGUCACGGAUGAAGAAGCCAACUCUUUCUUCGUGCGUUACGCUUGGAGACUAUGCUUAAAGUUAGCGCUCAAAACGCUUGGAAAUAUACACAUUGAUACUUUUUACGGUUUCUAUGAAGGAUUAAAUUGAUUCGAGGUAUCAGAGCUUAAGAUUGUGCUGACUGGGACUUUUAUUCAUCACUUUUUUUGGCAGAAUUAGAGCGGCUUCUGCAGCAACCCAGCCAAUUUCCCGGAUCGAAAGAAGCGAAGGAAAUCUCCCAAAAGGUAUGGAUCAUAGCGAGUUGCUAUUUUUUAAAGGAGAGAUGUGCGUUCAUAUUACAUGUCAGUAACCAAGGAUGAUUGGAGCUGAGUCGAGACUAAAUCUUAUAUCCCUGAGAAGUCUUUUUGUUACCCCUGUGAACUCCAAGGUGAAAUACCCACCCCCUCCCCUUUGGAUGGCCAGAUUCCAACACCCCAAAAUUUUGUACAUUGCAACUUUGAAAUUUGCAUCUUAGAGGGCCUUGUGCCAAGUGAUGCCUUCCAUUCUGGUGUGGCAUUAAAAAUGAAUGAAUUGUCCCAAGAUAAUGUCAAAUUGCUCAGAUAACUCAGGUGAACACUUUGAGUUGAUUCUGACUGGUCAACAUUUUACCGACCAGUCACAAGCAUAGAGUCACUCUUACUAGCAAAAAGAAGAAAUAAAAAAGAAGUGGCAAAUUUGACCUGAACUUUUUAGGUUCCAGCCAGUGAACUAUUAAAGAACAAAGAAUGGAGGGAUGCAGUGGCAACAAGAUCAUUCUACACAUCAGAAACUCAAAAGUAUGUAAAUGUUAAAUUGACUGUUGCAAUGAGCAGUGAUGUAUGAAUGAAUUCACAAUUGUUGAUUCAGUAUCUUAUUUAAAUUAAAAAGAAAAAUUAAAGCAGGUUCUUUUACACUGUGUAUGCAGUCCACCUUAAUGGUAUCAAUAACAGCUUUUAUUGCAUUGACACAAAGGGUUUGUGUAAUCUUAGUGCAUCAGUUGUACAUGACCAAAAUAAAUAUGAAAUUGUUUAUCCUGGUCAUAAAGGUUUUCCUCCUCCUUUAGUACCCAGCCAAUGCAAUAAUAGAUCAAAAAGGCCAUUGACAAAAUUACUAUUGCGUUGACUUAUUAUAAUUAUUGGUAUAAUGUGAUAGAGAAAAAAAUUAUUUUUCAAUAAUGACAUUAUCAUUUUUGAUAACAUGCUAUAUGUUUUAUGUCACUUUUUUUUUCAUUAUUCUCUCCCUUUAACCGCCAUUUUCAUCAUUUAUUGAAAGGUUAUACAGUGGAGUAGAUUGGAGUUCAAGAAUAGCUCCAUCUGUCCCACCACCGAUCACCACAGUUGAACUGCAGCCAGACAUGGUAUCAUACAGAUUCAAUUCAAAAAGAUAUGCACCAAAAUCAGAACUUUGGCAGGUAUACAAUUUUUCAGUUUGCUAUAAUAAUCAAAAGAUUCAGUUUAAUUCAGACUCAAGUAAAAUGGUCCUCACUGCUGGAGGUAAUCCCAGGAAAUUGGCUUCAUUCUAUAGGCUCAAGAAUUUGCAAAUCAAGUUUUAAGUAGAUGGAGAUUGUCAACUUACCUAUAUUUCUGAGUAGGUGUGGUGAGCACUUAUGAGUUUCUGUUGCCAUUUAGGUUACCCCUAAUAAUUUAUCAUCUUCCUCUGAAAGUUUGUUAGUAGCCAUUGAAUUACUCCCUGGGUUGGGAACAACUUGUUGCCACUAGCCAAGGAGAGUACAUUCAUAUGCUGACCUAUCAAAGUGAAUGACCUUGACUCUGGGAUAGGGGAAGGGUUAUUGAAAGCCAGUGAUUAGGGAUGAGUGACAUAAACAGCUCACUAUUGAUAUGAAUGCUUUGAACAGCUAGUGUUUGAAGGAGCUAGAAAAUCCAAUUGUGUCAGGAGUCAAAUUUAUGAUGUCCUACAGACCAAAGUAUUGAAUCACAAAGGAACCAUUUGUUAAAUAAAUGUUACUGUUAAGUGUUGUUAAUUUAAUGACCCACUGGUCUCUAGUUAAUUUUAUUUGUGUGACUGUAUUUUUCUGUUUCACUUUGGUAUCUUCAGCAAAUUGGUAGCAGACCACACAGCUGGGAUUUUGUUCAGUCACGUAAUGGACACCAUGUACAAGGACCCAUAGAUUUGUAAGUCAUUGAAGAGCUGUUUGCAGGGUUGCCAUUAAUAUUAUGGAGAACAAACAGCAUCACUUACUACACUCAGUUGUGCCAGUUAGUGCUUACAAAGAAUUAAGCAAUUGUUAUUACAUGUCGCUUAUUUUUUGUGAUCAGAUUUGCCAGUUCUGAGUGAGUAACCCUAGUUAUAGUAGUUGCAGUGUAAUUAAUAUCCUCUGUUGAUAAAAGUGUGCUGAUCUAUGGAAUUCACAACAGGACUCCACAUGUACUGUGUUUAAUUCUUCAAUAUUCAUUCCAGAAAUUAUGCUCGAUCCACUCCCUUUCCCUUGCAUCCCUACCUCCACUGCCAACCCCUCCCCUCUCCUAUGCAGACUUGAGUCUCUUAUUUUUCUUUGAAUAGAUAAAGGAGGAUUCUGAAACUGUACAGUUCAGAAGUAAUUAACCACCAACAUUUUCCAUGAUUUUCAUAUGGUCUUUGUUUAGAGUGGUUGUAACCAAAUGCUUUAUGAAGCAGAUGCUGGGUCAAAUAACCACAAGCUUUGUAAUUUACUCAAUUUUUGGCUUUUUUGAAAAUUUUCUUGUUUCAAGAUUAUUUUGUUAAAAUAAAUUGCACUAAUAAAGACAGAUCAGAGAACCAUUAGGUAUGUGUACAGUAAAAUAUAGUUAAACAAACUGAAAUAAAUUGAUAACAGCUUUUGACUCAGUUGACAUUUUUGUCAUUCAAUAUCCAGCUGCAGCCCAAGCAAAAAGACAGGACAUAUACCAGGAUACAGGUUUGCUGUCACUAGUUUAUUUUUAUAGUAUUCCUAUAGAACUUUACCUAUUAAUGUGCUCUUCAUCACUGGGGCCUGCUGUAAAGGUCUGAUUACUUCUAACCCUUAAACUCCCAAGAUCUGAUUGUUAAUUCUCCCCUCUUUCUGCUAAACAUUUCAUCGUAAGUAAGUUGCGAGAAUUUGGUGUUAGAUCAAGAUAACUUUUACCUGAUUACUUAAAGUAUUCUCAUUUCCAGUCUGUUGGACAACGUAUGGUUAUUCUAGGGAGAAGUAACGUGUCGAUCACUUCUGGGAGCUAAAGGGAUAAAUAUGUUUGGUUCUUUACAGUGGCCACACCCCUGGAUUUGGUGACAGAGACCAUCCAAGGAAGACGUACACACCAAUUGCUGUGGUGCGUACUUCGCAACCAAGAUACACAGACACCGCUAGGUAUUAUGAAAAAAAUUACUGGUCAGUGCAAUGAGAAAUCAGAUAUUCAAGCAGCCAGAAGAAAUAGGAAGGAGUUUUAGAUAACAAGGAGUUUAUGUUGGUUGACAAUUAAUGAAUGAAAAACGCACAUCAAGAGACAUACACUGUAACUUUUAGCGGGAGUGAGCACCUGGGAGCUUGAGUGAGAGAGGUCAAUUCUUCUAUACCUGUUCAAAAAAACUAAAUUGCCUUCUCCAUCAUAAUUGCUGCCAGGGUUGAAAGGUGUAUGUAACUUCUUGAGAGCCUUAAAAGUAGUUAGUUAAAAAAAUUAUUUGACAAAAAGACUUGAAAAAGGGGCAUUCUUAGAACGUUUCUCGACUUAGCCCCCUUGAAUUUUCCCAUUGGAGGAGUGGGUUAUUGCAGUUUUUUUAUGGUUCUAAACGCCGAUCGCUUGAAAAACUGUGGGAGACGCUUGUAGGCAAGCUUUUCUUCUGUUGGGAAACUUUUCUAUUUUUACUUAAAAAUGAAUUUGUGGUUCUGAGUAGUAUCGAGGUUUCAAAUGAAAUGUUAACCCGUAAAUGUUAUGAUACAUGCUCCAAGGCUAAGUGAUAUUUAUUUGGUUUGUUCAAGGCGUGGCAAUAUUCCCGGCUACUCUGGUUGUGUGCUGUUCUCAUCGCAUCAUCCUACGCACAGCAAAGAACCGGACCCAAAGGCUACAACCACAGCUAGAAUUCACAGGUAUGUUUUGCGAUCGAUUGUGUUAUUGUUCUUCCAAUGCUAUGAUUGCCUUUAGGCUGCAGUAUUCGUUAAGUUUUGUUCAAACACCCACUCACCUAAAAAGCAACUCAAGAAGAUAUUUGAUCUUUUUUCUUUUUUUCUUGCAGAGCACUCAAAGUUCCAACAAAAGUUCAGUUGUCACCGUUUAGACACAAAGGACCGAUGUCCAAAAUGGUGACUUUAACCCGACCCUUCAAUCCAUUUAACCAAGUUUAGGACAUGUGAUAAGUUUGAUAUCCAAAAGAAAAAGUGCUUGUGUAGUGUGUGCUUGUCAAUUAGGUAUAAGUUUGGGAAGAUUUUAACCUUUCGUGAGCUCUCAAGUAAUUUUUACGAUGCCACGGUGACGCUGCAGUUCCAGUUCGCACCUGUUCACAGAACUAUGUUUCCGGUUGGUGAAGCAACUCUAUAAUUCUAAUACAAACCUUGCCUUAUGGUUGGCACCGAGUUAGGGAUACAAACCUCCAAGAUGCGUGUAUAACCACAAAAAAUAGAUAAUCAGCUUUACUAAAGCAAACCGUCGCCCAAUUGCCAUCAGCUUUGAUAGUUUAACUUUUAACUGAUAGAAACCAGAAAUGAAAGUGAUACGGGAUUUCACUGGAUUUGCUUCACCUGCUCACUCAAGUAUAAAAAUUUUAAAUUGAGUUUCGAUAGCUAUCCAGGUUUACUUGUUUCUGCUUUACCUCGCUCUGUGAUUUUUCUAGAAAACUCGCGCCAUCCUCUCAACCAAAGAGAUACGAAACGAAUACUUAUCGUGGCUUGGCCGCCCACGUUUUCCCGCGCUUUAGGCAGUUUGCUUGUUUUUACUUGGGUUCUCAUUGGCAAACGAUGAUGUUUUCCAUUGAUAUGAUUGGCCGUUGUGAUUACUUUGGUGUUGGUUUUACGACAACUCAAUCUGGCUCUAUGGAGUAACAGAAUUAGUGUGGUCAGGAAAUUAUUGAAGUAACUUAUUUUUUUAAAGAUGGUUUUUACCAUAUUAAACAGGUGACUAAAUGAAAAUUCAAAUUUUACAAAAUGACUCUCUACCGUGAAAAGUAUUGUGAAAUCUAUUUUUGUUUUAUUUCUGUCGUCUUAUUUGCUUUUCUGUGGUAUGAUGGUUUGUUUGUUUCCUAUUUGUACAUAAAAGUUACUUUCUUGAAAAGUCAAAUUUCUCUGUUCAUUCAGUGAGCUUCACUGCGAUGUCAAGCAAUCUCCACGAUGCCUUGAAAAUGGGUAUCGUGUAUGUAUGGUGAACACAAAGAGAAAAAAAGUUGAGAAACGAGGCAACUGUGUGAAAAUUCAUAAAUGAAGACAAAAUCUGGUCUUACUGCAUCUUUUACUUUAUUUUUAGUCUUUGUAAAUGUUGCAUUUGUAAAUAGCACCAACAGUCUUUGAAACCAUUAUUUAUUAAAUUAAGCUGUAAAGACUGUUAUUGUGAUAAAAUAUUUGAAACACUAGAAAGUUGCCUUCUCUGUGUGUCGUGAACAUUUUUAAUGACUUGUAAAACACUUUCGCAAAACGAAGCGCACCAACUAAAGAAGAAGAAACUAAGCAAUCUCUCUGUAAGGUUGAGCACAAAAGUGCAUUCAGUACUGACGUCCCUAUCUGCAUUUACGCUUGAGCAAAUGUAAUAGGACAGUUACAAGACAGAGUUACAGGAAUAGAAGUAGUAUCCCAUGGAGCCGUCGUUUGGUCCUCGUCACGCAACGCGAUCUCGAGUUCUACAAUGCGACUCAUCCCAGGUCAUUAAACCGAAGGAAAAUCAUGAUAUUGACAAGAAAUGGCUUCGUCUACGUAAAUAAUUAAAAAUAACCUCCAGUUCCCUAUUGUAGCUACAAGAUAAAAAAACAACAACAACAAAGUUAAAUUGAAUCAUACCUAACUGACUCCUACAAUAAGCACGAAUACAACAAAACAGGAGGAGUAAUCACACCCUUGGUGCAUGCAUACUACUGAAUAUCUCUUCGGCUUAUCGGGCUGACAAAUGAUGCAUGUAGUCUCCGUGGAUUUUUGUCUUUAAGGAGCUUGUUAAAAUUCACUUACUUCCUUUGCCUGAGUAGGGCGCGACUGACCAUAUACCGAUUGAACAACUCUUUUAAGUGACAUAUUGUCGCUGGUGUAGACAUAUUUAGAAAUUCCAAGAAUGAUUCUGGGACAUUGAUCAUUGAUUACUUAACUUUCUCCCCCUGUUUAUUAAAGGUGAUUUUACUUUCUCUAAAAGUUUUAUUUUGACUGGCUUCCCUGUUCCCAGGAACUCGGCCACAAUACACAGAUUGUUCUACAAAAUUCCUGUCGCACGAAUAACCAACCCAUAGACUGGCCCAUCGAUCGUGCUAAUGAAUCUCCGAGGGAUGAAGCCGGGAACUGGUAACGAUGUUUUGUUUUCUCUCGUUCCCAGUCUUUUCUGUGUCAACACCCAUGAAUCGACUCUUAGUUCAACGUGGCUACUUCUACACUUUCACAGACAUUCAAGUGAGUUUCUUUUCAGCUGGCAGGAAUUUUCUUCAUUCCUUGAGAAGAUAUCAACACCGUGAGGUAAAGUGCUUAUUCUUAGUCUUAAUGUAAUCACUGUAUGCUAAAGACUGACUCCGAUGCUUACCGUUAAGUGAUCCGUUCGAGGUCCAUGACAAAUCGAGCCGGAAGCACAGUGCAGUUGUUGUUCUCGGUAACACCGCUUUUCAAAAUUUGUUAGAGACCUACAUCUGUUCUAGGUACCCUCAAUUUCCACUUUUUAUUGCAGCUUUUUUAAAUUGUCAAUAAAGUGUUCAAUUAUUUGAGUUUUAGUCUUCUGUUGUGUUACGUAAUUUUUUGCUUGUCUGUUUUUAUGGACUUUCAGCUUUCAAUUAUACAUAAUCUUUAUUUAUUUACAGUAUUCUUAUUGAAAUUGGUGCUUGAAGACUUUUUAAGGAUUUGGGAUUGUUUUACUAUUAGAGGAACCUUAAAUUGUCAUAGAAUAGAGGAUGAUUUUGUGUCACAUAUAAUUAACAGUGGUCUGUACAGGAAACUGGCUUUUAUCUCUUUCGGGAAUUUUUCUAAAUGCAGAAUGUCUUUAUCAAUUUUUAUAUCCAUAUCUAUAAUUAGGGAGGUUAAACUACAAAACACCUGUCUAUGUCUUUAUAUUUUAGUAGAUUCAUUAAUUCAGUUUAAAACUUGGUUCCUCCAAACACACCUAUACACUGUUAUGUAAUGAUUUUGUCAUUGAAUUGUCUAGAUAUUUUUUUUAUUUUUUUAUCAUUACCAUUCUAGUAGCAUGUAAUUGAUAUAAAACUAUUAAUUACAGGUAACCCCUACCAUGGAAGCCACAAGGGGCAAAUCUGUUGUUAUUUACCUCAUGCGAAAUGACUUGCGAGUUCAUGACAACGAGUGCUUACAAUGGGCACAUCAGAAUAGUGACUUUGUGAUUCCUUUGUUUUGCUUUGACAAGAGCAUACUCAGUCCCACUGCUGUAACAUGGCAUUACAAAUUUGCAAAGACAGCAAUGCACAGAGCCAAGUUCAUUCUGGAGAGUGUGUCUGACUUAAGAGAAUCAUUAAGGAAACUUGGAAGUGACCUAGUUGUGCGCACUGAGCAGACAGCAAAGGAAGCAGUUUCAGACAUAAUUAGUUUAUGCCAGGAAAAGAAUGAAGGACAUGUUUCACUUGUUUAUCAGAGAGAAAUCACAAAGGAAGAAACAGAUGUAGAAGCUGAAUUGAUGAAGGUUUGCGAAGCAAAAAAGGUCAUUGUGAAGUCCUUCUGGGGAUUGACACUGUACCAUUUGGAAGAUUUACCAUUUGCCUCAGUGAAGUUUUUGCCUGACACAUACACAGAAUUUCGGAAAACUGUUGAGGCAAAAUGCAGAGUGCGGCCUUUGAUUCCAGCCCCAGAUUGUCUAAAAUCACUGCCUGCAUUUUUAAAAGAUGAUCACGUUGGCAGAAUGCCAGCUUUAAAGGAACUUGCAAAGGAUUAUUCAGAAGAAACAGCAGAUUCAAGAUCAGCUUUCCCAUUUUCUGGAGGAGAAACUGCUGCUCUCAAAAGGCUUAAUCAGUACCUAUGGGACACAGAUCUUGUUGCAAGAUACAAAGAGACUCGCAAUGGGCUUAUUGGAUCAGACUACUCAACAAAAUUCAGCCCAUGGCUAGCUGUGGGAGCUCUCUCACCAGGGAAAGUCUUUGAUUGCAUUAAAAGGUACGAAGCUGAGUGUACAGCAAAUCAGUCCACUUACUGGGUCAUUUUUGAGCUGCUGUGGCGAGAUUAUUUCAAGUUUGUCAGCCUCAAGUAUGGCAACUCCAUCUUUUACCUGUCAGGAAUUAUGAGGAAAACAGGUUUGCCAUGGAAGCGAGAUAUGAUGGCAUUUGAACAGUGGCAAUAUGGGCAGACUGGAGUUCCAUUUGUGGAUGCAAAUAUGAGAGAGCUACUCUACACAGGAUGGAUGUCCAAUCGUGGACGUCAAAAUGUGGCAAGCUUCUUGGUAAAAGAUCUUGGGCUUGAUUGGCGCAUGGGAGCUGAGUGGUUUGAAUCUCUACUUCUAGAUCACGAUGUAUCCAGUAACUAUGGCAAUUGGAAUUAUUCGGCAGGCAUUGGCAAUGAUCCCCGUGAAAAUCGAAAGUUCAAUAUGAUCAAACAAGCUCUUGAUUAUGACGCAGAUGGAGAUUUUGUGAGGCUUUGGGUUCCAGAGUUGGCUGGUUUGAAAGGAGCCAAAGUUCACACCCCUUGGCUGUUGUCAUCAUCAGAACUGAAACAUGCAGGUGUAACUCUGGGGGAAAACUAUCCCAAGCCAAUGGUCUGCCCACCAGAAUGGAGCCGGCACACAUCAAAAGUGAAGGACUCAAGAAAAACACCAAGGGCACAGCAUAGAGGAAUUGACUUCUAUUUUAAGUCUCCAAAUGGGGCUGGUUCAUCCAAGAAGAGAUAUUAAAGAGACUCUGUUUAGGAUAGAUCUGUUCUCUUGAUGGGUGAUAGACCAAAUGUUAAGUUCUCUGUUAUUCGUUAGAUUAAUUGUCUCCACAGAAAAAAAGAGUUUCUAAUGAUCAUGAGGAACAUUUAUUGACUUCUUGACAAAGGAGAGUUAUUAUGGAUUGAAUUGUUAAACAUUUAUAUUUGCUGACAUUGUUGGCAAUGAAGCAAUCUCAACCCUAGAUUGCUACAGUUAUGUGAUGGGUUUUGUUAAGCUUUAGAGAUCCACAGGCUUAUAAAGAAACUAAAUUAAAUAUUUCUUGACAUCUAGUUGGCUAUAAAGUGAACAAUUGAAAGUAUGUAAACAACAGCUUAGGAAAUGACUUUCUGCAUAAGCUAAAAUAUUAUAUCUUACACCCAAACACCAGCAUGCAUAUUCUCCAUACUGUUAGCUGUUCAUUCCUAAGGUGCUGACAAGGAGAAUUUAACUAUUUACACCUUAGAAUCAGUAUGCAUAUUCUCUGUACAGUUCUUUAUACAUUUCCUAAUGUGCUGACAAGAAAAAUUUGUUUACCAACCAAAAGCUUCUUCCGUUGGUGAUCAUUUCCUUUAUUCACAUAACCUUAACAUGUGAUUCAGGGCUGAUAUUGUAGGGAGAAAUUUGAUGCUAGUCACCCUUAGCGUUUAAAAGGUAAACAAUCUAGAAUCAAGAGCUUCUUUGGUUGGUGAUCAUUUUUUAUAGUCUCAUGACCUUGAUAUGCGAUUCAAGGGUGAUAUUGUGAGGAGAAAUUAGAUGCUAAUCACUCUUGGGGGUCAAAGGGUUAACUAUUUAACUCCCAAGAUCUGCUUGUUAAUUCUCCCCCCUAUCUGCUGCACAUUUCCUUGUAAGUUAGUUAUGAGAACUUGGUGCUAGAUUAAGAUAGCAGCUUCUAACUGAUAAGUUUGAAUAUUCUCAUUACCUGUUUACUGAAUAAGGUAUGGAUAUUGUAGGGAGAAGGUCAUGUUGAUCACUUAUGGGAGUUUAAGGGUUAUUAAGGGUUAAACCAUGUUUUGUAUUCAUAAUGCCUACCUGAGGGGUUGGAUUUGUAGCUCUGGGAAUGAUUAUUGCACCAGACGUUAAAGUAAACAGAACUGUAUCAACUUCCAAAGUUCUUAGCAGUAUUAUUGAGUUAAGGAGUAGAGGAAUCCGUUGGCUUUAACUCUUAGAUAAGAGAUCAUGUAUUAAAUUAACAGAGUUAAAAAUAAGUUGAGUCUCAGUGCACGAUCCAAUAAAAAGAUUUGCGUGUUUAACCCUGCGUUAUUAUUUGCAAACCCAGAAACGGUUUCACAAGUGGAGUUUUCUACUGAAGCGUUGUUAUGAAAACGGAUACUUCUUUAACAGUGGG